CGAAACCAAUAUGGAUUUUGGUGGAUGAUCCAUGAUACAUUCCAUGCCGACUCUAGUAUAAAUAUAAGCCGCCUUCCGUUUCACACAAAUUUUUCAGAGCAUCGUGGAUUGGGAGAAACUGAAGAGGGAAGAGAAAGAUGUCGGGCAUGGGAGAUGGGUACGUGGGCACGGCCCAGGAUGCAGUGAGGAUCCGGAGACUGGAGAAGCAGAGAGAGGUGGAGAGGAGGAAAAUCCAAGAGCUCAAGAACAAGUCCGCUUCUUCCAAAGGCCAGACCGGUCUCCUUCAGUUCGGCUCCGGCACCUCCGAGAUCCUUGAUACUGCAUUUAAGAAGGAAACUGUUGGUCUUGUGACUAGAGAGGAAUAUGUUGAGAAGAGGGUUAAUAUCCGGAAUAAAAUUGAAGAGGAAGAAAAGGAGAAAUUGCAGAAGCUGCAACAGGAGGAGGAGGAGCUGCAAUUACAAAAACGAAAAAAGAGGAAAAUAAAGGGAAAUUCUCGAUUGUCUUUUUCUGAUGAUAUUGAGAAUGGAAGUGAAGAGGAAGAUGGAGAAAACGUCUGGGUGUCUCCUAUGUUAUCUGCAGAAGGCAAAGAAUCAAAGAAGUUUGGAAAAUUUGGAAAAGAUCCCACAGUAGAAACAAGCUUUCUACCAGACAGUGAGCGAGAGGCAGAGGAACAAGCUGAGAGGGAAAGGUUAAGGAAACUGUGGCUUCGCGAGCAGGAACAGAUUCGAAAUGAGCCACUUGAGAUCACUUACAGCUACUGGGAUGGGGCAGGUCAUAGGCGAGUAAUCCAAGUACGCAAAGGUGAUUCCAUAGGGGAGUUUCUUCGGGCUGUUCAGCAGCAACUUGCACCAGAGUUUAGGGAAAUUCGUACCACCUCUGUGGAGAAUCUGCUUUAUGUGAAAGAAGAUCUUAUCAUUCCUCAUCAACACAGUUUCUAUGAACUAAUCAUUAACAAGGCCAGGGGCAAAAGUGGACCGCUCUUCCACUUCGAUGUGCAUGAGGAUGUGCGAACAAUUGCUGAUGCAACAAUAGAGAAGGAUGAGUCCCAUGCUGGGAAAGUUGUCGAAAGGCACUGGUACGAAAAGAACAAACACAUCUUUCCUGCUUCAAGAUGGGAGAUAUACGACCCCACGAAGAAAUGGGAGCGCUACACCAUCCAUGGAGAUUGAUUAUCAUCUACUAGACAAAUAUUUACAUUAUUUGGCGUAUCUGUAACAUGUUUCUUACAACUUGCUAAAGUCUAUUUCCUCAUCAGAUACCGGCUUCUCUGUACUAAUUAAAGAGUGCUUAGAUUGAUGACUCUGGGGUAAUCUCAUUGUUGUUUAUAACCUUUUAAUCUAUAUAGGUACAUUUAUCCAUUCUAGUCGACGAGGAAAGCCUAGUUGAUAGAAUGUUGUGUGAUUCUUGAA